AUGAACCGUUCCUCCGCUGAUUUGCGCAUCAGGAAGACGCAGCAUUCUACACUGUCUCGUAAGUUUGUAGAAGUGAUGUCGGAAUAUAAUGCUACGCAGUCAGAUUAUCGUGAGCGUUGCAAAGGCCGCAUCCAGAGACAGCUAGAAAUCACUGGUAGAACCACAACAAGUGAGGAGCUGGAGGAUAUGCUGGAGAGUGGAAACCCCGCCAUCUUCUCAUCAGGGAUCAUCAUGGACUCGAACAUUACUAAACAAGCUCUGAAUGAAAUUGAGACUCGACACAGUGAGAUUAUUAAAUUGGAGAACAGCAUCCGGGAACUCCAUGACAUGUUCAUGGAUAUGGCGAUGCUUGUGGAGAGCCAGGGAGAGAUGAUUGAUCGCAUAGAGUAUAAUGUGGAACAUGCUGUGGAUUAUGUGGAAAGAGCUGUCUCCGACACCAAAAAGGCUGUCAAGUACCAGAGUAAAGCCCGGAGGAAGAAGAUCAUGAUCAUAAUCUGCUGUGUGGUGCUUGGUAUUGUCAUCGCUUCAACGUUCGGUGGGAUUUUUGGAUAG